AUGGCUUCAACACCAAACACACCCAGCUCCACCGCCACUGCCUCCGCCACCAGUACCACAUCACCUAUAUUCCUUGCCAAUGAAUCUCUACACUCAAUCCUCACACACAAAUCCUUAAUCCAACACUUCCACACAUCUCUCCCCACUACCACAUCCACACUGCACACUCCAAUCCGUCAAAGCUAUGACCUUUCGCAAUCAUCAUCUCUCCUUUUGAUGCCCUCUUGGUCCUCUACCCCUUCCCUUCCUUAUAUAGGUGUCAAGCUUGUCACCUACUUCCCUCAAAACUCGGCACUAAAUUUGCCUGGAAUUCAUGCAAGUUAUGUGCUUUUUAGCUCUGCAACUGGCCAGACUUUGGCCUCGAUGAAUGGCACUGUUUUGACCCUUUAUAGAACUUCUUGUGUUUCUGGGCUAGCAUCAAAAAUAUUGGCCAGGAACGAUAGCAAAGUUCUUGUGAUGAUUGGUGCAGGUGCUUUGGCACCCCAUUUGAUCAAGGCUCAUCUUGCUGCAAGACCCAGUUUGCAGAAAGUGAUAAUUUGGAACAGAACAAUAAAGAAAGCUGCAGACUUGGUUGAGAAAUUGAAGAAAGAAUGGGUUGGAAAUGAUGGGGUUUGUUUUGAGAGUAAUGAGAAUUUGGAGGAAAUUAUUGGAUUGGGUGAUAUUGUGAGUUGUGCUACAAAUGCUGAUGCACCCUUGGUGAAGGGUGAGAAACUAAAGCAAGGAGCCCAUUUGGAUUUGGUGGGAUCUUUCAAGGAGACAAUGAAAGAAUGUGAUGAUGAGGCAAUAAAGAGAGGAAGAGUGUUUGCUGAUAACGAGGCUGCAUUGGUGGAGGCAGGGGAGCUUGUGGGGGCCCUUGAGAGAGGGGUGAUUAAGAAAGAGGAUGUGGUUUUUUUGGUGGAGUUGAUCAAAGGGAAGAAAGUUGGCCGGAAGAAUUCUGAAGAGAUUACUGUGUUUAAGUCUGUUGGUUCUGCAGUUGUGGAUUUGCUUGCUGCACAGUUCGUGUAUGAGAGUCACAUGAAGGAUAAGUAG